AUGAUGGCCUCCAACUUCAUGUCUCGAUUUACGGGCUCCAACAACCCUUCUGCCUCCAUCUAUGACACCAUCCGACAAGAAGAUGAGGAUUCGGACAAUUUUGAUGUCGAGGAGACCGCAGGGCUGGCUGCAGACGGGGCAAAUGGAAGAGAUGGCUUCGACAAUCAAGUACUACAUCGGUCCAGCCUCGGUUCACAGAGGAGAAUCCCCCGUCAUGAUGGCCGUGCAGCUGCUGCCGCCACCCACACCGAAUCUCAAGCGCAGCGGAGAGAUACGCGCAGGAUUCACAACAAGACAAGACGCACCCCGAGAGCCCACAAACUCUUGGACGUGGAAGAGGCGGACGACGAUGUCCCAGCAUCCUUGCUGAUCGAUCACAACGCAAUGGGUCUUGAUCACGGCUCCAUGUCCCUGCCUCCUCCACCAAGCCUAAUGCCAGAAGGCCUCCUCCAAGGUCGCGAUACCAGUCCUUCGAUGGCAGCUCAAGAUUUCCAUACAAGAUAUCGCCCCAAGCCAAGUCCAAGCGGCCAGAAAACGGCACGGGCUAGACCAACUGGAGGAGUUGUUGGAGGCAACCUCGCCAGUGCAGAUCCUAAGGAGAAAGCCAUGUUUCGAUGGGUCAACGUGACAGAUCUGGAUAAUUUCCUUCUCGAGGUUUAUACUUAUUACCUCAAUCACGGUUUCUGGUCCACCAUCCUCAUGAGAUUCUUCAACCUCCUUACUGUUGCCUUCGUGGUUGGCUUCUCCAUAUUCCUCAGCCAGUGUAUCGACUAUCGAGAGAUCAGGGGCAGCACGAAGAUGUCGGAGAUCCUUGUACCGCAAUGUACCAAGCGCAUGGGGUUUGUUCCGAAUGCUUUGCUCUGGCUCACCACUUUCAUAUGGCUCUGGAAAGGUGUCCUGUACCUCUUCGAUAUUCCUCGUCUGAGACACAUGCAUGAUUUUUUCCUUUACCUCUUGGACGUCCCUGAACCGGAAAUUCAGUCGAUAUCAUGGCAAGAGGUUGUUAGUCGCCUGAUGGCUCUGCGAGACUCGAAUCCUACCAUUUCUUCAACCUCCAAAAAGACCAGUAACUGGACCAAAUCGCAGAACAAGCAGCGAAUGGAUGCGCACGACAUUGCCAACAGGCUUAUGAGAAGGCAAAACUACAUGAUUGCCAUGAUCAACAAGGAUGUCCUGGACCUGACUCUACCCAUCCCUUUCUUUGGCAAUCGCAAGCUCUUUACUCGGACACUAGAAUGGAACAUUGAAUUGUGUAUUAUGGACUUUGUAUUCAACCCCAAAGGACAGGUUCGGCCUCUGUUCCUGAAGGAUACGCACCGGAAAGACCUAGCGAAUGCCCUCCGUUCACGCUUCAUCUUGGCAGGUUUUACAAGCCUUGCCUUUGCACCGUUCCUUGCCACCUUCUUCGUCCUGAAGCACUUCUUUCAGAAUUUCAACGACUACCAGAAGAACCCUGCUCAGAUUGGCAUGAGAGAAUAUACGCCGUUUGCGCAGUGGAAGUUUCGAGAGUUCAACGAGCUGCACCACCUAUUCCGGCGGCGCAUAAACAUGUCAUAUCCUUUUGCCGACAGAUAUAUCAAUCAAUUCCCCAAGGAUAAGACCGUCCAAAUUGCCCGGUUCGUCAGUCUGAUAUCUGGAGCUGUGGUAUCGGUCCUGGGCCUCGCAACGAUCCUGGAUCAAGACAACUUUUUAAAUUUCGAAGUAACACCAGGGCGAACUACAAUCUUCUAUAUUGGCAUUUUCGGAUCGAUAUGGGCCGUAGCGCGUGGCUUGCUACCGGAUGACAAUAUGGUCUACGACACGGCCUUUUCAAUCGGAGAGGUGAUACAAUUUACGCAUUACGAACCGCAGCACUGGGCAGGUCGUCUUCACACUGUGGAAGUCAAAGAGGAGUUCUCCCAGUUGUACCAGAUGAAACUUGUCAUCUUCCUGGAAGAGGUGCUCAGUAUUUUCUUCACGCCCUUUGUGCUGUGGUUCAGUCUACCCAGAUGCAGCGAACGAAUCAUUGACUUCUUCCGAGAAUUCACGGUGCACGUCGAUGGUAUAGGAUACGUCUGUACGUUCGCCGAAUUUCGUUUCAUGAACCAGGCGAUGCGGCCUGCUCCUAAGGAGAGGUCCACGGAAGCGGAGACUGGGACAGCAGGUGCUGCCGCAGGUGUUGCUAAUACCAAUGCCAAUACGAACUUGCGCGAUGACUAUUUCGCGUCUAAGGACAACAAGCUCGAACAUAGUUACUGGGGGUUCAUGAACGACUACGCGCGGAAUCCGAAGACCGAUAUCCAUUUUCCUUACCACACCUCCCGGCGGCGCUUCAACUUCAACAUGCCACCUCCUGUCCCAGGGUUGCCUUCACCAUCCUUCCCAGCAUCAGACCAUGGUAAUACGUUCGGUGGCGGGAUGCACGCCCAUCGACACAGCGGCGGAGGUCUGGGGUCGAUAUCCUCGCCACAUCGCGGAGCCUUGGGCACUCCCAGAUUUGGCGCUCAGCAUCCAGCUACGGGCCACGGCCAUGCUCAGUCUCAGCCAUUUGGCUCUCCGCUUCAGUCGCUGUUGCUCGACCCACACCAUCAACCUUCUGUUAGCGGGUUCGCGUCGCCACAAGCUUUGCGACCACGUGGCUCUCUUCUUUUGAAGUCCCGGCGGACUGCAACACUUGAGCGCGGGCAUGAAAUUCCCGACGACGUCGCGGAGGAAGAAGAUUCAACUGAGCUUCGGCCUCAGGGAACAGACACAUCUCAGCCGAAUGCAGGAGGGAUGCAAGAGCGCCUCACUUCUGCGCCCACAGGCCUGACGCCUCACGCAACUCACGACGGCGAACUAGGGUCCUGGAAGUAUGAAAUUGACUCGUCCUCUGGGGCAGGUAGUGAAGAUGAAGAAGAUGAGGGUGAUGCUAGGGCGAUCAUGCAACCCAUGGGGCCACUGGGACUGAUCCGGCAGUUUCAGAAAGCUCAGGCUCAGGAAGGAGGGAGGGCAAGGGGCACUGAAGCGGGUCUUUGA